AUCCGUCCCAGCUCAGGAGAAGAAGAGAAGAGACACCCGUCCCUCGGCCCGUGUGAUACGAAAGCCGCGGAUAGUCCAUAAUCGCCCGUGAUUCGAGGUAGAUCGACGUAGAACGAGUGCAAGAUCCGAAAAUUCCCUUCGCGAUCCUCGCUCGCGAAGGAGAUCAUCUCGCUUCUUCCUUUCGCUCCCCGAGAAGGCGACGAUUCGUCGCGAGAUCGCUCGAGCAACAUGAUCCGCGUGGACGAGUCAGACCCAGUGGGAGAGAUCGAGCCCAGCUUCCCCUAUCGAGAUGUGACGGUACGUCGAGGAGUCGAGUUCAAGGACGAUUAUGACAUCCAGGCGGAGCUCGGACGGGGAAAAUUCGGCAUUGUUUAUCGAUGCAAGGAAAAAAGCGGCUUGAUGCUCGCUGCGAAAGUGGUCAACGUCAUAAAGAAGGAGGACAGACGAGCGGUGCAGAGAGAGGUCGAAAUCAUGCGACGCCUGCAGCACCCGCGAUUGAUUCAGCUGUACGACGCCAUUGAUACGGGGAAACAGAUAUAUGUUAUUUUAGAAUUGAUCGACGGCGGCGAGCUCUUCGAAAGAGUAAUAGAUGAUGAUUUCGUACUCACGGAACGCAGCUGCGCCAUUUUUAUGCGCCAAAUAUGCGAGGGGAUGGAAUUUAUGCACAGUCAGAAAAUCUUGCAUCUCGAUUUGAAACCUGAGAAUAUCCUGUGUCUGACAAAGGAAGGCAAUAGAAUUAAAAUCAUAGAUUUCGGUUUAGCGAGGGAAUACGAUCCGAAUAAAAAGUUGCAAGUGUUAUUCGGUACACCAGAAUUUGUUGCUCCGGAAGUCGUAAAUUUUGAUCACAUUGGAUUCGGUACGGACAUGUGGAGUAUAGGUGUUAUCUGUUACGUCUUAUUGUCCGGUCUAUCGCCGUUUAUGGGUGAUACAGAUAUAGAGACAAUGGCCAACGUCACUAUCGCGAAAUAUGACUUUGAUCACGAAGCCUUUGCCGAGAUUUCUGAGGACGCGAAAGAUUUCAUUAGAUGCGUUCUGGUGAAAGACAAGGAAAAGCGAAUGACGGCGGCGCAAUGUCGGGAGCACCGCUGGUUGGCGAGAAAAACGAAUAAGGCCAGGAGCGAGAAGGAAGUCGCAGGAUUGGCGGCGGCCAAACGGAUGGCCUUUAUUGAAAAUCAUCCUAUCGUAGGUAUCAUCCGUGACGAGAGCAGCGAGGAGCUGGACAUGACCAAGGACAAUCUCAGGCUGUUCGUCGAACGCUGGCGAGAACAUCCGGACAGCCCGUAUACGAUCGAUUCGUAUCACUCGUUACCGAGAAAUUCGCGAUCUCAUGAUCAAGAUGAAUCGGUGUCUCUACGAGGUCACAGUCCUUCUCCCUGCGACAGUCUUCGCAGCAGCAGCACCCUAUCGGAAAAGGUGAUGGAUCCUGUCAGAGAUAAUUAUCCCACUCAUCUAUUGUCCGUGCCGAGUUUCAGCUUGACGUUGGAAAGAAGAGCCUCCGAAGGUACAGCGGCGCGAAAUCGUCGCGAUCCGGCCAGCCAGAUUGCUCUGGCCGAGGAGAUCAUAAAGCUGUCCGAACACUUGCGUUCGAUCGCCAUGGGUUCACCCGAGGACGAGGACGAGGAUGAUAACGAACGUGUGACGGAGCUGCAGCGUCCCAGCAAGAGGCCCGAUAUCGGGAAUAAUCGUAAUACGUAUUCCAAGAGCAACGUAACGGUGACCGUGUCCGACAACGAUAAAGAGACUAAUGAGAUCACGGAGAAAUUAUCCAGCAUCACUCGACAGCGAAAGCUCAACGGGACGACCUUUCACAGUAGUCGUAGCUUCGACAGACACGACGUCGACACGAAUCCUGAAAAUGUCUUUGUAGCUCUGAGAAGAACAAGUAUCAGCGAUGGCGAGACGUCCGAGGGACAUAGACAAGAUCGAAAAUAUUCCUUUGAGCGAACGACGAUCGAGGAGAAGUUGAAUGGGAAAACGGUUGGCAAGAAAACGUCCUUUCAGGCGUCUUCGGUCAGGAAUGACAAGGAGAUGGACUUGACACCUCCCUGGCGACGACCACGUGUGAAGCGACCUUUGGGCGAGACCAGCAGGGACGUGCCAAGAAUAUCGAGUUUGCGGGACCUACAUAAAAAUCUCAACCUCAAUGAGCCUGGGAGCACCAAGGAUUUACUGUUACAGCUGUUGGGGGAAUGGGAGGAUGUCACCGCCAUAUCUUGUAGUGCCGGCGCCGGCAGGAAGUCCGUGAGCUUGGAUUGCGCGGCCAGCACGAUCGCCAGGAAGACGAUGAAUUCGCUGGCCGAGUACUUCCAGUCGAAGCAGCAGAAGGAGAAAUCUCCCGAUGUCGCGUCAUCUAUGUCGUCGUCGAUAUUUCGUUGAGCGUUGUACCUGGUAUGAGUUUCGAGUCAGAUAUCGCACAAUUUUCGUUUCUCUUCGAUCGUAAAUCUUGUUUGCUUGGUUUCUUGGAGCUGUUGAAAUAGUUUGGCACUUGAGAUGAAACAUAUAUAUGAUGUCUGGGGCAAUAAUAUAACUGAAGGUGAACGAAUCUCAAAGAAUUCGAUGAGGAAUUCAUUUUCUGAAAUUUAGAAUUAAUUUUGCAAUUGUUGAAUUUCUUUCUGUAUCUUUCUAUGUAUCUCAAUUUUAAAUAAUGAUUACGGAGCUUUACAUAAGUAAACUUUAUAUUGCAACUAGAUGAAGAUAUAAUAAUCGAGCAAUUUAAUAAAUAUUUU